AUGUCUAUUAGACUUCAAUCAGCCACUGUUCUCGUUGCGAUUUUCUCUUUUUUCUAUACGCAUGAUCCAAAUUUGACCGAGCCAGAGAGAUCAUACACUAUAGAUAUGCUCAAACAGGAUUUGAAUCAUCUUUCCCCUCGCUUCGACAAUCGAUUCGUCUGGCAAGCCAUGAAAGACUUACAAGACCUUACGUUGCUCGUCCCUGGUUAUGCCAUUGCCCUCUUUUCGCCAACCAUCAUCAACGAACUUGGCUACUCUGCUGCAAAUGACCAGCUGCACAUAGUCCCGCCAUUUGUUGCUGGCGCUAUUGCAACAAUCAUAGUCGGCAUUUAUUCUGGCAAGCACAAUCUUCGUGGGUCGUUCAUCAUCGGCGCAUACGAGCGGGCCUGUCGUUCGUCAGAGCUUAGUCUGGCUGCUGCGGGAAAUUAUCCGACCGUCCUAGUCAUUCUUACUUGGGCAGGCUCGAAUGCAGGAGGCGACUUAAAGCGUGGAGUUGUACUAGCGAUGGUCAUCGGUAUUAAUAACCUUGGAAGUGUUUGCUCCUCCUUUAUUUAUAUUGAUCCGCCACGUUUCCACAAUUGGGCAUGGCACCAACAUGGGAUUCCUUUCUCUUUCAAUCGUAAUGAGCCUCUUCGCUAUUGUCUGGUAGAGAACAUUACUGACGAUAGAAGAUACGAAUUUCAGGAUAUGGGCGAUGCCAGUCCGCUUUACAGUAUCAAACUUGUCGGUGCGCAUCAAUUUAGGAUGCGCCCUGCAACGCGGAUUUCAUUUCAACCAAAUAACCAACAGACCAAACGUGUACUCGAGGUGGGAACUGACAGGACAACGCCGAUGAGCUGUACCCGUCUGGUCUAUCUCAGACACGCCGGCGAUAAGCAACCUAUAAUUAGGCGAACGAAGAAUGCACCAGCAGGAGCUUCCCUCGCAGAUUCACUCCUGCAAUUGAUAGUGGUCAAAUGA